CAGUUUGUGGUGGCGUGGUAACGCCUCGGGGAAAGGGAAGCGGACGGCAUCUGGAGUCGCAGCCUGUGGCUAUUUUCUACUAACAGGAUUUGGUCACUGGUUCUUCAUCUUUUGUCUGUUGCACGCAUCCCGCCCUCCCCACUUGCUUCCCUACUCCUUGGAUCCAGCCCAGUGGGCACUCACGUCAGUUCUCUGACCCCGCCGUGAGCCCCGCUCCGGGUCCCCGGGCGGGCCUGGCACGGAGGCGGUAACUAUGGAGAAUAUGGCGGAGGAGGAGCUGCUGCCCCUGGAGAAGGAGGAGGUGGAGGUGGCCCAGGUCCAGGUCCAGGUCCCGACCCCGGCCCGGGACUCGGCUGGGGUCCCAGCUCCGGCCCCGGAUUCGGCUCUGGACUCGGCUCCGACUCCGGCCUCGGCUCCAGCCCCAGCCCCUGCCCUGGCCCAGGCUCCGGCCCUGUCCCCGUCCCUAGCCUCUGCCCCUGAGGAGGCUAAAAGCAAUCUUUGAACUCUGGAACCGAAAGCCUUUAUGGUUACAAAUUAGAUAGAGAGACACAUCUCAAUUCAAAGGCAGCUUGCUGAUCUAGAGAAGUUAGCUUUUGUAACUGAAGGAAAUUUUGACUCUACCAGCUCAUUGAACUCAGAUAAUCUUGAUGCAGGCAACAGACAGGCUUGUCCAUUGUGCCCUAAGGAAAAAUUCAGAGCUUGUAAUAGCCAUAAGCUUCGUCGUCACCUCCAGAAUUUACACUGGAAAGUCUCAGUUGAAUUUGAAGGUUACAGGAUGUGCAUCUGUCACUUACCUUGUCGACCAGUGAAACCAAACAUUAUUGGAGAACAGAUAUCCAGUAAAAUGGGAGCCCAUUAUCAUUGUAUCAUUUGUUCAGCAACAAUCACCAGAAGAACUGAUAUGCUAGGACAUGUUAGGCGCCAUAUGAAUAAAGGAGAGACUAAAUCUAGUUAUAUUGCAGCUUCCACUGCUAAACCGCCUAAGGAAAUUUUGAAAGAGGCAGACACGGAUGUACAAGUUUGUCCCAACUACUCUAUACCUCAGAAAACAGAUUCCUAUUUUAAUCCCAAAAUGAAACUAAAUCGGCAGCUAAUAUUCUGUACAUUGGCUGCUUUGGCUGAGGAACGAAAACCCUUGGAAUGUCUAGAUGCUUUUGGAGCCACUGGGAUAAUGGGAUUACAGUGGGCAAAACAUCUUGGAAAUGCAGUCAAAGUUACAAUCAAUGACUUGAAUGAAAACUCUGUGACAUUGAUUCAGGAAAACUGCCAUUUAAACAAAUUGAAAGUGGUAGUGGACAGUAAAGAAAAGGAAAAGAGUGAUGAUAUUCUUGAAGAAGGAGAGAAAAAUAUUGGUAAUAUUAAGGUGACCAAAAUGGAUGCCAACGUACUGAUGCAUUUGAGAUCUUUUGAUUUCAUACAUCUAGACCCUUUUGGAACAUCAGUGAAUUAUCUAGAUUCUGCAUUCAGAAAUAUAAGAAACCUUGGCAUAGUGUCAGUGACUUCUACAGAUAUCAGUUCUUUAUAUGCCAAGGCACAGCAUGUUGCCCGGCGUCACUACGGAUGUAACAUUGUCCGAACUGAAUAUUACAAGGAACUUGCAGCCAGAAUUGUUGUAGCUGCAGUGGCAAGAGCUGCAGCCCGAUGCAACAAAGGCAUAGAAGUACUGUUUGCAGUGGCUCUGGAACAUUUUGUGUUGGUAGUUGUGAGAGUUUUGAGGGGACCUACUUCAGCAGAUGAAACAGCCAAGAAGAUUCAGUACCUGAUCCAUUGUCAGUGGUGUGAAGAGAGAAUUUUUCAGAAGGAUGGUAAUAUGGUAGAAGAAAACCCAUAUAGACAGCUGCCUUGUAACUGUCAUGGAAGCAUGCCUGGAAAGACAGCAAUAGAACUUGGACCUCUGUGGUCAAGUUCCCUUUUCAAUACUGGAUUCCUCAAAAGAAUGCUAUUUGAAUCACUUCACCAUGGUUUGGAUGACAUUCAGACCCUAAUAAAGACAUUAAUCUUUGAAUCAGAGUGUACGCCUCAAAGUCAGUUUUCAAUUCAUACACCUUCAAAUCUCAACAAGCAAGAAGAAAAUGGUGUAUUUAUUAAAACUACAGAUGACACCACAACAGAUAAUUACAUUGCACAAGGAAAGAGAAAAAGUAAUGAAAUGAUCACAAAUUUAGGCAAGAAGCAAAAGACUGAUGUCAGUACUGAACAUCCUCCCUUUUAUUACAACAUUCACAGACACAGCAUUAAAGGAAUGAAUAUGCCAAAGUUAAAGAAGUUUUUGUGCUAUUUAUCUCAAGCAGGCUUUCGAGUAAGCCGAACUCAUUUUGACCCAAUGGGUGUACGCACAGAUGCACCUCUGAUGCAGUUUAAAUCUAUCCUUUUAAAGUACAGCACCCCCACCUACACUGGAGGACAGUCAGAAAGCCUUGUCCAGUCAGCAUCUGAAGAUACAGUAACUGAAAGAGUUGAAAUGUCAGUGAAUGACAAAGCAGAAGCAAGUGGCUGCAGAAGAUGGUAAACGUAGAAAAGAGUUGGUUCUCAGGUGUCUGUAUAGAUGGCCUAAUAGUUCUCUAUACCAACUGUAGUUCUUUUUCUGUUCUUUCAAUUCAGUAGAGUAAAAAUAAAAAGACAGUGUCAUUUUCAUUCAGAAACUGACCAGUUUCUAACUUAGCUGGUUUGGGAGCUUUGCUUUCCAAGUUCUUUUUGUUUUAAGGCAAACUUAAAAUUUUAAUGGAAACAUUUCAUAUGAAGCCAAGUCUCACUGAGAUCACCCUACUGCUUAAUCAUUCGGAAAAUUUUCACAUGCAAAGUGUUUGGAAUUUUAUGUAUGUUAUGAAAGCUAUCUUUUACAAUUCUUAAUCACAUCUCUGCUUAAACUGAUUCAUGAUGUUUAUGUUUUCCUAUUUGUAGUGUACAAAAUGAAGCUGAAGGCUCACAUAUUAAAAUGACCCUGAAUAGAAUAGGAAGAACAAUGUUCUUACAGGUCAUAAAUGUUUUUCACAAUUAGAAAACUAAAAUAUGUACCCAUUUUUAAGAAAUCAUACUUCUCCCCACAUUGAUCUUUUCAUUUCUUACUAGCUUUUGAGAAAUUAAAUACUUGCCUGAGAUAGAAGUACUUUAUUUUUAUAACUUUAGGGUCUAAAUGAGUAAACUUCAAAGUAAGAUUUUGUCAAAAUAAAUUGAGACCAUUGUUCUAAUACUUGUUCAUGAGCACUGAAAUCCUGAAGAGGGGAGAUUUGGUUAUAAAUUAAACAGGUUGGGUGAUCUUAAGUGCCUCAGUUAAUGCACGUACAGUAUUCAUUUGGUUGGUUGUACUACCUCUCAGAAGUAAAAUUUGUCACCUUAUAGAGUGAGAGUUUUUGGGUUUGGGGGUUUUUUGUUGUUGUUGUUUGGUUUGGUAUUUUUGGUUUUGUAUUUGUAUAAAUUUUUUGUAUAAUUAGCCCAGGCUGAUGUAACUAUAAAAAUUAGUUGAAAACAAAUAUAUUGUUUCCUUAAUGGAAUUUUUACUUCAUUUGAAUAUAAGAUUUUGGAUGAAAGGAUUUGGUUUAAAGUUUGGGUUUUUGUCUCAAGGAUUUAAUCCAUAUUUAUCCGUAAAUAUUUCUUAAGGUAUGUAACUUUUUACAAACAUUAAGUCAGGGGUUGGGGGAGGAAGGGGUGGUAAUUAUUAUAACUGAAAGGUUUAAAUAUACUACCUAAGAAAAAAGUACUUCUGUGACAUAUACAAAAAAAUCUGGUGGAUGGGCAUUAGAUGAAUAUAGAAUAUUAAUUUUGCAGAAAUGAAGGAAAAUCUCUUUGUGCUAUUACAGCAUAUUCCCAAGACAGUUUAUUUUCCUUUCUCCAAUUAAUGUGAUCAUAAAUUUCAGUAAAAUCAAGAAAUAGGUGAAGUGCAAGCUAGUUUCUAUAAUGACCAUUAAAAAAAUUCUGCUUUGUAAUUCUUGCCAGUUAAAAUUAUAACCUACAAAUGAGCAGAAUGAGUUUUUUGUUCAUAUUAUUAAAAAUAAAAAUUAGUAUAAAUCCAGGAGGCAAACUAUCCUAGCACUCAGAUUAUCUGAUUUAAUACAUAUUAUUGAAUAUCAGUCCCAAAUUUUGCUAAAUGCUUAUCAGCAUGAUAUAUGUUGAGCAAUGAUGAGUAGGGCUUAAUGCAAAGAUCCUAAUUUAAUUUUAAAAACCCGUAAAUUGCUGUUAUCUAAAAUAUAUGUGUAUAUUAAUUUCACAUAUAAAGGCAGAUUUUUCAAAGAAAAAUUUGAUAGGAGGUAGUUUAGAACUCUGUGAUCAGGUACUACAUCAACCAAAAGAGGAAAUACUUUAAAAAUUCCAUUUAGCAACCUGAGCAAUCUUAUUCUCGUAACAAUAGUAGUAAUUUGGGACACUGCAAAUGUUUAUCACGUUGUAAAGUUACAUCAGUUGUAUCCUUUCAUUAAAACUUGAUAAACAAAA